GCCAUAGUGUCUUCUUGAAAAUAAAUGUAGCAACCAUCUAUAUUUUAGUAUAACUGGAAUGGAAUUAUCCAAGAUGGAAAGUAACAUACCAGCAAAUUUUGGUGGAGAUAUAACAUACAUCAAAUACCAACAUCCUGGUGGUGAUUCUCCAGAAGUCCCAAGUCCAGUGAAGCAAUUUGUAAAGCAAGAUAUAUUACCACAAAGUAAGGAGAAAAUAAUUGCUCGAGAGGCUUCAUCAAAAUUUGAAAGGGUUCCAUCAAAAGUAAGAAGAACAAGAUCUUCUCCAUCAUACGGCAGACAUCCAAGACGUGGACAAUCGCACAGAAGACGCCAACACAUGAUAAAUGUUAUUGAAGAUGCAGGUCCAUUUGCAGACAGAGCCAUUCGCAGAAGCUUUCUUUGGAAAUUAUAUCUCAUGUUGGCAUUUCAACUGGGUUACACUGUUGGUAUAAUAUGUAUGUUCAUCUACUGGAAGUUCCUUAAAAUAUGGGUUCGGAGACGUCCAUGGUUUUGCUAUUCUCUAUUACCAGCAAUCUUGUUAAUGAUUAUUGGCGUAGCAUGCUGUGAUCAAGCACGAAGAAAAUUUCCUUUGAAUGUCAUUUUAUUAGCAUUAUUUACAAUCCUCAUGGGUACAUGGCUUGGAUCCAUUGAUGCCUUCUUCGAUGCAGAUACUUUGAUGUGGACUGUUGGUUCUACUUCAUUAGUGACAUUGGGACUGCAUUUUUUUGCUCUUCAGAAAAAAUGGCAACUUACCAUCACAUCUGGAAUAUUGCUAGUCUUGUUGUUUUCAUUGACAAUUACUGGAGUUCUUUGUAACUUUCUGCAAUCACAAUUGAACGAAGUAUUUUAUUCUGGUAUUGGAACACUUCUUUUUGGCAUAUACCUGUUGGUCGACACACAACUAAUGCUGGGAAAGAGACAUCAUUACCGACUGAAUCCAGAUGAAUAUGUAUUUGCAGUACUGAAUGUCUACAUUGACAUUCUCAAUUUGUUUUUAUUUAUAUUGAGAUUUGUUGGUUUCAUGAAGUGAAAAGCAUGCCGUAUAGGUUGAAUAAAGAAGACUGUACCAAAGUAAAA